ACACGCGCGCGCACGCACACACAUACACAUCCAAACACGCACACUUAGAUUUACACAUACAUACACAAACACUGAAACUGUUCCUGAAUAUGCCGAUUUUGUCGUAAUGCCUUGGACGUUUCCUUUCUUCAUAAUACUGGCUCGCUUGCCCAUCUCAUUAAAUGUCUAGGAUUUCUCUUAGCCCGACAUGGGUGACAGAUAAAGACAGAAAAAUCCCUUGCAUCACUGCGGAGCACACAAGAAGAUAAAUCUGCAUGUCUGGAUUUUGCUACACAGCGAGAAUUUCGCUUUAGAAACGGAAGACUUUCUAUUAAUUAAAUAUGACGAUACGACGGAAAGGGCAUUCAUAACAUGCCCCCACUCCCCCUUGACGAGCGAAUAGUGGUCAUCCAGCGCCCCAAGACUUUGCCCCUCUCCUUGGGCUCUCUGCAGUCUACUCCUCAGCACUCCAUCCGGAACAAUCCGACAGCCCCUCCCUCGCAACCCCACCCCCUUCCACCCCAUUCCCGCUCCCGUCCCUCUGUCUACCCGAAUGCGGAAGGGAAGCCCAGCUCCUCCAGCAAUCAAUGGCGAGCCAGGGAGGAGAGAGCGGUCGAUGCGGAGUCCAGCUAUAGCGCUUGCGGUCACAGCCAUGGCGAUGAAACGCUGACGUUUGGGUCAGGCCGGAAUAAGCAGCGGCACACUUUGGAUAUUAAACUCUCUCUGGGCAGCAGAGGAGAAGGCAGCUUGGAGAGAGGGCCGUGGAGCAGCGAGUCCCACGGAGGGAGCUUGAAAGGCCGGAGGGAGAAGAAGCUAUCCCUGCACCUGGAUCUCAGACAGGAGGACGGGAAAGUGGGUGGAACCUCAGGAAGACCCGGCGAGGUGGUUGUGCAGCAAGUCCAGAACCCCUUCCGUGUCAGAGACCUCCAUUCCAAGCCAUCGUCAGGAGCUUUUCCCGGCAUUGUACUUGCAGAAGGACGGCAUCCAGAGCUCAGGAAAGAGACAGACCUAUCACGCGACCUCAGGGAGGUAUCUUCUGUGGGUGACAAGGCCAGCUCCAAAUUGGGAACCCUCCUCCAGGCUCCCUACCUCCACCAUAGCCUUCCUCGGCACUACGGUUCCACCCCAACAGCCCACCAUACCUCCACCUUGCGUAACCCAUACCCUCCAGUUAUCACCGCCGUUCCCUCCCAUGCCCUGCCCCAGUUUCUCCCUCUUAGUGGUCAGUCCCGCUUUUCUCGAGGCAGGGAACGCCACCUGCAGCACCUCCACAGUUUGCCACUUUCCCCCAGCUCUUCUCGAGGCUUCCCCAGCCCGGACCAUUCUUGCACUAUCAAUUUACAGCACCCCUUCAACUGCGGCUGCUGGAGGCUGGUGUGCCGUGACAGAGGAGGCGGUCACUCUCGAGGGUGUCAGGGGUGCGGCCAGAGCCCCUCGUCCACCCUUUCCCGUUCUCAGGGAGCAGGAGGAGCAGGGAGUAGUGGUGGUAUCUUCACAUCUGGAGUUAUGGGGUUGAGGACGCUUGGCGGGUGCCUGUCCAAUGCAUCCACCACAAACACCUCCUCAUCUGGCAGCACCAUGUCUGACUGUCGCGCUGGGCUCCUGGGGCCCCUACGCUGCAAAUCCUGCUCCGGCAAUGGCUUUGGGAGCCCCACCUCCUUACACAAGAAGCUUAUUGGGGGCUGUUUACCAUGUUCACCACUCUCAACCUCCAGCCCUCUUCGAGCCCUCCAUAACUGCGUCACUGGCUGUGACCCGAAAGGCAGCCAGGCUGGCAGCUCUUCCUGCAGCUACUGCAGCAGUGACCCCAUCGUAGUGACCUACAACCCCCGUCGACUAAAACCCCCAGAGGUCACCUGUGGCAGUCGGCCACUGAUGUCUGGGAGAUUCUCACUCGAUGAUGACGAUGAUGACUACAGCGUGCGCACUAUUUGGCCUGAGGAGCUUUCCCAGAAGAUGACAAAGUCAAAGGUCCACCAUGACCAGAAAGGUCUGGGAAUGGCCCCAGGACCCAGAAAUCAGUACCAGAGCAGCAGCAAUGGGACCAGCCCCAUGAUUCUGGACUGCCGCAACCUGCUGGAGUUCACCCGGUCCCACCUCGCAGACCACGCCGGACGCCGACGGCUCCAGCAGGGCAAAGCAGCUGUCCUGGACUUCAUUGGGUCUGGCUCCAGUCAAAACACGGGCCGGGACUCACUGAAGAGACUCUGGACCAAAAGUGAAGACAGGGGGAUGAUGGAUGGCAGUGGGCAAGAUGAGGAACCUGGCUUGAUGCGUUCAUUUUCUUCAAGAUCCGCUUCACCCAUAUCGCCUCUCUCCUUUUCUCCUCCACCCUCAAGUCACUCCACCCUCAACAAGCCCAAACCUUGGGAGAGGGGGACCCUCCCUUCUGCACGUUCACUUCACCUGGUCCUGAACUCACUCAACGCCGAGCAAGAUGAGGAGAACAUGAGAGUCCAUCUCUCGCUUCCACUGUCUUCUUCACUCCCCACCUCUCUGUCAGACGAGGGGUUGACGACUCCAGACGUGGAGAACGCUGCUAUCAGCUCCAUCUUGCCCUUCCUGUUUCUCGGCAACGAGAGGGACGGCCAAGACCUGGAUCUGCUGCUGAGGCUCCACAUUGGCUUUGUUGUCAAUGUCACCACCCACCUGCCCCUCUACCACCUGGACACUGGACUGAUCCACUACAAGCGGCUGCCCGCCACAGACAACAGCAAACAGAACCUCCGGCAGUACUUCGAGGAGGUGUUCGAGUUCAUCGAAGAGGCACAUCAGAGAGGAAGAGGGGUGCUGGUGCAUUGUCAGGCGGGCGUGUCGCGCUCGGCAACCAUCGUCAUCGCCUACCUGAUGAAGCACACACGCAUGACCAUGAUGGAUGCCUACAAGUAUGUUCGGAGCCGGCGACCAGUAGUCUCACCCAACCUCAACUUUAUGGGCCAACUGCUGGAGUUCGAGAAAGACCUCAACUCCGGGAUCACCCCGCGAAUCCUUACGCCCAAACUCAACGGCCUGGAGACCCAGGGGAAACCAGAGGUAAACCAGGUGUACCAGUACCGGCUAUGACUGAGCGAGGUUGGAUCAAACUGGACGACUGUGAUACAGAUUCACCAAACCAAAUCGACGCCGAUGGGACUCGUUAACUUCAAAAAUCAUUAAUAUGUGGACUUCUCACUAUGCUGGAUUAUUACUGAAACAAUUCCCAUUUCUGUCUGUCUGGGUUUUUUUUUUUUUUUUUUUUGACUGUAUCUUUGAAUAUUUACUGUGUUGAAAAGUAUAUACAGGAGUAAGUAUGCAGUACUGUUUCAUUUUUGUAAGCAUUGAUUUUUUUUGUCUUUUCUGUUAUAACUUUUGUCAGCGAAGGAAAAAAAUCACUGCUGACAAGAGAAACAAAGCGAUUAGAUGUUCUAUCUAUUUCAGGACAAGAAUUGUAAAAAGUUCAUAAGGCUUUUGCUAAGCGAAACACCGGUAUAUAAUAAAUAGAACGAUAUAGGUUAAUCUGGAUAAUCAGUAAUUAAUAUCAAUAUACGCAUUUAAUCGUAUUUAGUAUAGAUACAUGCUGAAAUCAAUAAAGGAAUAAUAUGAUCGUUAAGGGAAUUGUUUGGCUGACUAGUCAUAGUUUUAGAAUAAUGAACGAGCAAGGUUUUAAAUGGGCUUUAAAUGACUCCCGAUCUUUUAUUACCACUCAUGUAUAAUAUUAUCGUGAUAUUAGAUAAUCGAUCUCUGCUAUUUUUCAACCCCACUUUUAUCUCUGUAUAACUUUUUUAGCUAUUUUUCCUCUGUGGUUUAAACGUUACUGUACCACUGCUAAAGCACUAUGCAUUCUUACGGUCUAUAAUGUUAGAUUAACUGGUGAUAACGUGUGAGCUUUACUCUUAUAUUCACUGUGAUACCGGAUAUUUCCCUGUUUAUAGUAGUUUACGGUCCGUUGUCGCGGUUGCUUCGUUCUGUCGCUCGGUGGCCGGGUGGCUGUCGCGGAAGAGGAUCCACUCGCUUAAAGCGAUCCUCACAGUACGGCAACCAACUCAGUCUCAAACGAGCACAAGAAUUCUGUAUAUAUAGGCAAGGCAGAGCGCUAACAAGUGCUUCAAAUAUAUCCGAGGUUUGUCGUCGACCAUGAAGCUCCGCUAACAUAUUCCGUUUUCGCGGCAUAGCUGUUCAUGCAUUUAUAAUUAUGAGCGUGACCGCUUGUUUGUAUUUGGUUGCACCAGGUGUUCCAGUAACAGGUGUACAUAUAAUGUAAGUUUAGCUUAUGCUUUGUUGUGCAAACGUUUUCUAUAAAACGCCAAGAUGCCCCCUGAGGACCCGACAUGAGUGUCCAUAUCGGAUUUCGGAGGUCCUACAGCUGCUAAGAAUGCGCCAUUUGAUAAGCUGGUUCUGUUAAUUCAGAAGUUAAGGUGACGUGACGCGUAAAUGGAUUGUAGGCCUAUAGUCUUUUACGAGAUGCUGAGGGUUUGCACAACAAAUUUUCUCCACAAAUUACCUGGCCAGUAAUGCAGGGAUGUGCUCCGAGACAUAUUAAAGAAUUCUUUUUUUUUUUUUUUUUGUUCUUUGUUAAUAUUAUUGUCACGCCUUUUAAAAAGGUGAAACUGUUAAGUUCGGUGUAUACACAAUUAAGGUUUGAUGCAGAAAGUGAAGCACCGCCCCCCAGAACGCUCAAAUGCCUUGGUUAACGUGUCUUCCAGAUCGAGCACCAGUUGAGGUGACAAUGCUUCGUUUUUACUCUUGGCAAAAAAAAACAUGUUUUUCAAAAAAAAAAAAAAAAAAAAGUUAAUUAGAUUGCUCUUCAGCUUUUGUGAGUUUUUUUUUUGCUUAAAUUUUACUUGCAUGCAGAACGGUGCGUGUGCGUUUGAAAGCGCAUGUUUUAAUUAAUAUUUACAAACUUAUUUUGAUUUUAGUAUAUUUCAUUUUUAAUGUGUACAUAUGUUUUGGAGUUCGGGCGCUUUAGAGUUGAAUCAUUUUCCCUGAUUGCUAAACAGGCUACUGAGACCUUGUGGAAGCACAUACUCCAUACAGUCCUUGCCUUUACUCUUAGCGUCAGUCCCUCUCACGUGCGCCAGACAUGUACAGCAUUUAUUAAUUUUCACAUUAUAUAUUUUCACACCGUUUUAAUACAUCGUUCUGCGAGUAUUGCUUUAAAAUAACCCCCUUUAAAAAGUGCCCUCGAUCGCACAGGCUACAUUUAUAUUCCAGAAGCAUAGCAGCCUCCAUUGAAUAUUUCUCUGAAACAAUGUGGAUCGUUAUUAAAUUUGUUUUAAUCGAAGCAAUAUAUCCACCCAGUAUCGCGUAAACUGCACUGACUUUCACUGUUACUGUAAAUGGACCUUCCCAUUCUGGCGAACCAAUGUCCGUGGUCUUCUCUAAACACUGAGAAAUUCUUCCAUGUUUUUAAGGCUGGCGCUGAGCAUAAAAACGCCGGGAGAUGAGCCAGCAACCACAUGACGUUUGCUAAUUAUCCGUGACUUUGAUUAAGGUCCUCCCAGUUCCCUUUAUACGAAAAUUCAAAUCGAGGGGAGCUGAAGUAACUACAUCUGUACGUCUGUGCGAUUUCCUCCAUAAAAAAACAACGCUGUCGAACGUAUAUUUCGUUAUGUAAAUAUUUGGUUCUUUUUUCCUGGCAGGCUGCAUAUUUUUCAAUUUUUUUGAUAGAGUUUGUGCUUAUAUUUAUUAAUGUAUUCAGUAGGCCUGUUUGGUUUUGAUAUCCGUUUUCUUGUGCCAAAUGUGAAAUGGAGUACAGCAACAGUGUGAUGAAAGGCGAUUCUUUUUUUAUGGAUCGCAAUCUUGCUAACAAAAUACUCUGCUUACUGUCCUCACUAGCAUUUUUUUUUCUUCAUGAAUUUUGUUGAGCUGACGUUCCGAUGACGUUGUGACACCGUUGCUGUACCAGGCUACCUUAAAUAAUUACGACAGGGGCCUAAAUUUAAUAUGAGUGUUAUGGGUUUGUAUUUGGUUGCUCCAGAUGUGAGCUGUUCAUUUUGACGAAGAUACAGAAGAUGUAUCACGUGCACUGUAGUAAGGUACACGCAACAUUACAGCAACGUUACCAGAAUGUUAUGAAGCAGCCUGGAUUUUAUCUGCAGCGCGUUUACAGGUUUUGCAUAAUUUUGUGCACUUGGAUUCAGAUUUGCAUUCCUUCCCCUCGGUUAUUGGUAACAGAAUGUAGGCGAAACAUGUCCUUCUGACUCGUUACGGCUGUAUUAACAUGUUUGCCACUGAUGCACCGUGUUUAUCUAUUCAUUUUUUUCCAACAAUGUCCGAUAUCAACGAGGCAACUGCUUGUGUAUUUCAGCAUCCACCCUUGAGCGUCGCUGUGCUUGAGGCGGCGGUCCUGCUGUGAUUCGGCAGAUAUGACGAAAACGAUGAUGACUGCAUUACUGCUGAAGAUUCGUUGUAACGAGAAUCAAACUUUUGAAUAAUUAUUUAUACGAUAACAGGGCUGUACCCAUUGAAGACAAAUAUGCAGGAGAAAAAAAGGCAAAUACUGUCUCAUGUUUAAAUGAUCCUCUAUAAUGACUUUCUGUGAAAUCUGCCUCACUGGGAUAGUUUAUUAAAGGACUUUUUUUUAGA